UCGGUAUUUUAAAGACUUAGCUUAUGUUUUAAAAGACAAAAGAUGUUUUUAGCUUGUUGUGUUUGAUUUUCGAAAUAAUUGAUGUUUGGAUUUUUUCGUGUCGUGCAUGUAAAAUUAAAUUGAUGUCGUCUGCAUAACAAGAUUUCAUUAACGGCCGAUAUUCUGCUAUAUUGAGUCUCACUUUCCCGCAAUCGAAACAUCAAGAGUUUAAUUUUCACAUCGUGGGAAAUCAAUUUCGCUUUUGUUGUUGCUGGCGAGACUUGAAGCGAAGAUAAAAAGGUGAAAAGACAAAAAAUAGUUGAUAGAAGGUAGAUAAAGAAGUGCAUUACGACGAAGGUAAACUUUGUGCAUCAUUGCGUCUUCUUUAUUAAAGAGUUUCUUGCAGAAAUCUUUUCCGCCAAAAGCGCGAGUUUCUUACAAAACUUUCAAUUAAUAAUCGUUUGGUUUUCAUAGGUUCAAAGCUAAUCCAAGGCGAAGGAGGAGAAAUGGUUGACAGCGAAGUUAGUUACAAUAAAACAUCAAAUGAUGUCGGCGCUAAAGGAUGGAAUAUUUCAUUACAUACACCAAUUGUUAUUUUAGCUGUUCUCAUUUGCGCCAUCAAUAUUCCCAUUAUCAUACUAUACUACAAGAUUCGUUCAUUACGUCAUAGCUCAGGAAACACAUUUCUCGUUGGGUUAGCCAUUGCUGAUAUAUUGUGCGCAUGCGUUAUGGUCCCUUCAGCUCUCACAUGUGAUACGCUCUCAUUGAAUCACCCUAAUCAUUUGGAUGUGUGUGUUUUUUACUGGAUUUGUAGUAUUACGAUAACAUUGGCAUCUGUCUACCAUAUCGUGGCUGCAACCAUCUCUAAAUAUCUUGCUAUCGUUCAUCCAAUGAGGAACAUCACUGCCUGUACGCCCGAACGUUUGAAGGCGGUCAUUGCCUGCAUAUGGGUUGUAUCUUUUUCGAUCGCCCAUAUUCUAAUCUAUAUACGUCAUAUGCCUUCUCAUGAGCUACACGUGGCACGGCAUCGUCACGCCAUAUUCCUCGUUGUCUUUGCUUUUGUUGUCCCUGCUUGUAUCCUAACGAUCAUACAUGUUCAUAUGUAUCUGAGAUUGUUGUCCAAUUCCAGAUCACGUGGUUUAAUCACGGAUGCGAGCUUCCGCUCGGAGAAUAAUCGUCGUGUUGCUUUGAUCUUCCUCUUUAUGUUUUUGUUUUUUGUUAUAUCUUGGUUGCCAUGGUAUUUGUUGUGGGCUGAAAUAAUUAAAGAAAACUUGAGUGUUCAUGAGAUGGUUUUAUUUAUUCGUUUUCUCGCCCCAGUCCUUAAUCCAAUCGUGUUUACCUUUGUGAAGCGAGAUUUCCGCAAGGCUGCGCUCUCAUUGCUCAGCAGAAUGCGUGGAAAGCGCAAGUUUGAGAAGCAAAGAUCAUGUCACACCCAGGCGACUAGUUCACUCGAUCAAAAUGCUAGCUGUUUGGAUACACCAAAUCUUGACGAAAUCCCACGCUGUGAUCCACAGGAAGAGUCGAAUCAGAAUGAACCUCAUACAUCGUUAAUGUGAUCCCAAUUUUAGUGGAACUUCAGAGCUCGCUCUUGUCUGUUUCAAAUUGCAUGAAUGCUGUUGCUAAAUAUGCGUGUAUGAGAAAAGUUGUAGAAGCGAAUAGAAAAUAUAUAAACGAGUUAAUUCAAAGUUUGGAGCGUUAAAAAACACACGGAAAUUUUUAAAACUACACACGAGAAUCUUUGCUGAUAGGUUGUUGAAGAAAUUUACAUUAUUGCUCCAUAUUUUGGCUCCGUUGUUAUAGUUUAUGAUUGCUUAACAUUUGUUUCUGCUAGUCGAGGUUAAAUACUCUAAAAUGAAAGAAUCGCGAAAUUUGUUUUUCAGGCCAAAUGUAAUUUAUACGACGUGCGUUAACAUUAAAUUGUUGUAAAGUUAAA